ACCCUGGCUGGCUUCACCUUUGGCAUAAUCCUCAUGAAGGUCAUCAGCGUCUUUACUGGGUUUCUGCUCUAUGCCACCUACCGCGACUGUGAUCCUGUUAAAACCCAUGAGGUGUCUCGUCCCGACCAGCUGCUGCCCUUCUACGUGAUGCGGGUGGCCGGCCACGUCCCCGGACUGCCGGGCCUCUUCGUCGCCGGCAUAUUCGGCGCUGCCCUCAGUUCCAUGUCUGGAACUCUCAACGCUCUUUCUGGUACUAUCUACGAGGACUUCCUGCUGCCCCUGAUGCCCAAACGGAAGACAGAUCUGCUGGUGAACUUAAUAAUGCAGGCCAUCGUGCUGGUUGUGGGCAUCAUCACCGUAGGAAUGGUCUACAUUGUCGAGAGGCUGGGAACAAUUCUGGAGCUGGGCUACAGCGUGGGAGGCGUGACGAACGGCGCGCUGCUCGGGAUAUUCACACUCGGCAUGCUGGUUCCCUCGGCCAACACCAAGGGAGCCAUCGCGGGCAGCCUUUGCGGCAUGACCGCCGUGGCGAUCCUCAUAACCGGCGCGCAACACGCCACAGCCACGGGAAGAGUCAGGUACCCGCCGCUGCCGACGUCCGUGGAGGGGUGCCCCGGUAACCUCACAGCCAGCGUGCACACUUCCGCAGCAGCCGCCGCGACCAGUACAUCGGCGGACGACGUGCCGCUGGUGUUCCGGCUGUCGUACAUGUACUACACUGUGGUGGGCGCCCUGAUUGUGGUCACCGUCGGCUGGGUCGUGAGCCGCCUGACGGGCCCCCUGAAGCCCGGCGAGAUCGACCCCAGGCUGCUGGCGCCGCAGGUGCGGCCCGCCGACCACAGGAGAGCGGCCCAGCACGACCCCGCUGUCGCAGAGGAGCUGCUGCCACGCGGGACACAGCACAAGCCCGCCACCGACACCAAGAUCUAGCGAAUGGGUACCAGGGGAAAAGCAUCUGCCCCAAACACUACGACAGUGUAUUUGGUUGGCGUGUAAGGUCGUAGCGUUUUUCCACAAGUUUAAUAAACAUGACAGAUCCAAGUAAGAGAUUUAGUCAUCAAUAGUAUAGUGACCUCCGGACCCGCCAGGGUAGCCGAAAGCGCUAACGCGCUGCUUCCUAGACUCGGGUAGGCCCGCCGGCCCCGCAUCGAAUUCGCCCAGCGGCGUAACGACGAGAGCCGAUGUGCCGGCCAUCAUGGAUGUGGUUCUUAGGAGGUUUUCCACAUCCCGCUAGGUGAAUACCGGGCUGGUCCCCAUGUUCCACCUCAAUUACACGGCUCGCAGACAUCUGAACACUUUCGCACUAUUCCAUGGAUUACACUCGACGCAGACAGUUGGGAUACACUAAUUCCGUCCCGGGGGUUACGGUGUGGCAACAGGAAGGGCAUCUGGCCAACCCUUAACCAUUAACAUGCCAAAUCCGAUUAACAAUGGCUGACCCUGCGUAACUGCGGGACAAGGCUCAAGCAAUAGAUAGUAUAUUGUCCUCCACUAUUUACAUCAGUUUUCCAACGAUGGGGUAACUUUGCG